AUGCGUGUGAUCUUCAUGACCACUCUGUGGAUCCUUAUCAUGCGUCCUCAAAGCGUCUGCCCCGCGUCAAUUAGAGACGGCAAUGCUCUAAUUGCCUUCAAGAACAAAUUAAAUGAUCCUCGAAAAGUUCUUAAAAGCUGGGGCGUAGCAACGGACAACUAUUGCACUAAUAAUUGGCACGGCAUUGUUUGCGACCACUACGAAUACGUGUCUGCAAUUGUCCUUAAUCAAGAAGGGCUCAGAGGCCAACUGGUCCCAGAACUUGCAAGUUUGACGAGGCUGGGGACUUUGAAUGUGGGUUACAAUAAUCUGAAGGGAACAAUACCUUAUCAACUUGGACAUCUUCCGAAAUUGACUUACUUGAUUUUAGACCACAAUCAGUUGAGCGGUUGGAUUCCGCAGCAACUUGGUCUUGGUCCUAAUAACUUGCAAUAUCUUUAUCUACAGAAUAAUCAGCUGAAUGGCACCGUACCUGUUGUUGCACUUAAAUAUCUCCAUGAUCACAAUCAUGCUACAAUCAAUUGUAAAGGCAACCAAGGAUUGUGCGUCCCACCAGAUAACAAUAAUAUGUGUUGCUGA